AUGGCAUCGCGAAAUGGAACAGCUGCGCCCAUGCCGCGAAAGAUCGUGACGUAUGGCAAACCUUUGCGCAAGCGCUUCAUGCGCGACGCGAUACCCCUCCGAACCGCCGAUACAUUCUCUACGCCAACCGCAACAGAAUCUGCCACAAAGCCAUCGAAGCCAUCUUUAUCGAGAUCAGCAUCAGAUCCAUCAACCCGGUCACCUGCUGACAAUCGAUCCGAUGAUCCAACUCGUACAAGAACUGGAGCAGAGCGACAAACAGAGGCACGCGAUGCGACGGAUACAAGAAAACGGAAACGCCCACAAGCUGCGCUUUCCGAAAUGAUCAGCGAGGAACCAACAUCUAUCAUUCAAAAACAAUCGAAUCCCACCACUACACUGCCGCGACGACCAUUGGGAGGAACCUCGAAGAACGACGGGAAACCUGCAGCAGCCCCUCGCCGCUCACCGAUCACAAAAAAGAGCCCCAAAGACAAGAUUGCGCGAUCUCGGCCUCUGUCACGAAGCAAGUCUGACGCUUCAACUAUUGAGGUCAGCUCAAAACCUGCGCCGCCUGCAUUCAGGGAUCGCGACGAUGAGCCGCCCAGACCAAAGAAGCGGCGUCCACGAUUGAUCGAUGCUUUGGCGGCUCAACGAGCAGAAACAGAUUCGGAAGAUUCGGACCAAGAAAAAGAGGGAGUCAGGACUCUCUCACGUUCGAACAGCGGUACAGGCACCGAAGCUGAAACGACUUCUCAACAGUCGCAAUCACAAUCACAAUCACAAUCACAAUCACAGUCGCAGUCGCAGUCGCAAAACUCUCAAAACCAUUCACAGGAUUCCACAAGUUGGCAGAGAAAUCGUCCCACAGUGGCACUCAAAGGGCGACGAGUCAAAUAUACCUACGGCCAGUCACGGUCAAUUCUGAGCGAGUCAUCUUCAAAACUCAGCGAGCCCAGCCAGGGGAUUACAAUGCCCACUAGAGAAGAAGAGCUUGAUGCGCUUUUGGCUACACCCCCACCUAUCAACCCGGAUCCUUUCGCCAUGGACGACGACGAUACGGACGAUGACGACAUUCGACCUGCAAUUAAGAGCGUGCAUGAGCUACGGCGAGCUGGGGCCAACAACCGCUUCGCCGAUGAGAUGGAGGACCUGCUUGCCCGGAUAGGAACCCCGAGCAGCACUCCAUCUUCCCUGAGGAGGAGCGCGUUGUUGGAGCUUUCCCAGAAGCUACAGCGCAAAGAAUUCAUCAGCCAAUUUCGGGAUCACGCGACGCGCGACAAGGUCGCCGCCAAUAUUGGACAGGAAAAGGACGUGAUAAGCGGGUUCGCCCUGUCUGCCGUUCUCGUCACAUUUCUCAACUUCAACCCUACAGCCCACCUGCUACAGCAGCUCAUCAAUCACGGGCUUGGGGAGAUGCUCAGUGUACUUCUGAGGGUGCCCGAAGACAUCGAUGAGAUUGCUGCAGGCAAGAUGAGGCUUUCCAAGACAACCAGAAACUCACUCAACGAGGUGAAAAAUAGUCUCGCAAAGUUGGACAUUUGGCAUGGGCGGCGCCCUGAGGAGCUCUCGCCACAGACGCUUGCGCUUCAAUUACUAAAUAUUGUAUGCCAACAAAUCGACGCGACACAUUCAUCAGUGGUUGUCAAGGACGUUGAAAACGAUCUUGAGAUCGUUAUUGGAAACUGUGUGAGCGCAAACCCAAGAACUGACCCGACAUUUGCUCUUGUGGUAUCAAUUUUGGAAUCACAGUCGGGGCUGGCAAUGAACGACGAGAAUGAGAUCCCCUGGUUUGCGCAGCAGAGACACUAUGUGGCUCGUAUCCUAGAAAACAGUUUGCAGCAAUGGCCAGAAAAGCCUGGCGAUGUCGAGACAGCAACCCUCAAACUGUCGAUCAAUAUGACCAACACUAAACACGGAGCAGCAGCCUUUAGCGACAGACUUCUACUAUCAAGUCUUUCAAAAGCUAUCAUCUCAGUAUUUAGAUCGGCCAUAGACACUAUGAGCAACCAGCGUCUGAAGGAAGAAACUUAUGAUGUACUUUUGCUUGUACUUGGCAUGGGGAUCAAUAUCCUAGAGCGUUGUGAACCUGCACGAAAGAACAUGGCCGGCGGGGAACUGGAUGGCCUGGUGGCAGUAUACUUGCAGAACCAGGCUCUGGUGCAAAAGGCCGCUUCAGAAGAAAACCUAAAGCCAAGCGUAGCAAAGCUCGGCGUGGCAUUCGGCUAUCUUUCCAUCUUGCUAGGCUACCUGUCUCUGGUAGACACAGCCCGGCAACGAUUUGUAGAGCAGGCAGGAGGUGAAGGGCUUGCAGGCCUUAUUGGGUCGAUAAAGGAGUUUAUCGACAUGCAUAGAGAGGUGGAUAACAGGGUGACUGAGCUCGAAAGACUUGUCAAUGACUUACAACGACGGCAACGACAUUAA